CUAAUUUGAAAUGUGUGCGAUUUGUCUUUUCUGGAGAGAGGAGGGUAUUAUUUCACGUAUCUCUACUUUUACUUUCUUAGAGUUUGUCAGUGGCCUUGAGAGUUCCAUGAAAGUGUAAGAGCAGGUUUUGCAGUCGUCAUUUUUUAAAGCUGUUUCUCGCUGCGGUUAAGCGAAGUGCUCGCGCACACAGUGGCCCACUCAGUAAACUGGCCGGCUAACCCUGUCAGGGCCUGUGUUAGCACCUAACAUUCACUGUUACUGUGUUAGCUAAAAACUACAUAGAAUUAACUAAAGUUAACCUAAGACCCUUUUUGACUUUGAUACAGGGUUUCGGAGCAGCGCUGCAAUCAAUGGCCUCCCUCACCAGCCCUGAAUUUAAUCUGUUAGAGGAGCAGUUUGACUUUGAUGUUUCGCUGUCAUCGUCAAGCGGUAAGGAGGAUGAUGAAGAUGAGGUCUUUUUGGGUCCAUUCAGUCACAAGGAGAAGUGCAUGUCUGUUGGGAUUGACUGUAGCGUGCGGAAGGACGCUAGCAGUGGGCGUUCUGUGGGUGAGGAGCCGAGCUGGAGCCCGCUCCCUGGGGACAAAUUUGUAGAGAUCUUCAACGAGGCUCACCUGCUGGCCAGGGAGAUUGAGAGGAAAAACAGUGACAAGGGGGUCGCCGAAGAGGUCCGGGCCAUGGAAAAACAUGCAGAAACUAAGGAGAACUUCGUGGAUGACCCUAGAGCUAAGCUGAAUGUCUUAGGAAAAGCAGCCAAUCUUGCUCUCAGUCCUAUCAAAAGAGAGACCUUCUGUGUGCAGAACAGCCCAAUGAAAAGGCUUCCUCCAGCCAUUCAGCGUCGCCUCCUGAAAACUGGCGGUGCCCCCAGCCCUACCAAGAACUCUGCCAGCACCUCCAGCCCAGCCAGAGUGUGCAAGGCUCUGCCCAAGAACACUCUGAGAAGUAAAGCUGCCUUGUCGAGCACAAAAGUCCUUCCGAGCAGGCCCAUAGCUCCAGGAACAGCUCCACUGCUGCCUCCAGACAAGGCCAGGCUGCCACGUACAGAAAAGGGUAAAAUGCUUCGGCAAAGAAGUCCCCACACGCGACAUCUCAGCAGUGCCGGCUCAUCUGAGGACCUCCUCUCGGAUGGUACCAGUGUUACUUCUGACAUCAGCGACACCUCUCUUAACACCAGCUUGCCUUUGAAGACAGGCUCAAGCUUGCCAGCUUCCAGAAAGAGUGGCCUUCAGAGACAAACCGCAAUGAAAGUUAUACCGCUGCAAAACAGGAUAAUUUUAGACAGAAAAAAUACAUCCUCCUCAUCCUCCUCAAAAUCCAGUAUGAAUUCCAGUCUCUCAACCUCCCCCACUGGGAAAGGGAAAAUGAAUACAUCGUUGAACUCGAGCAGUAAUAACGUGAAGGCUCGUACAUCAGGAAGCGCGAACAAACGGCUGAGUUCAGUAGUACCAACAAACACACGGACUUCCUCUUCUCUGGCAAGAGCUCCUGAGCUUGGACCGCCAGUACGGAGCAAAACUGAUCUUCAGGCUCAGCCCAUCAAGACAACCCCUGUCAGAAAACCACAGCCUACUGCUUCACAACAAACGUCAAAGCAAAACUUGGAAAGGGCUAGCUCUGUGCCCAAUGUCCCUGUCACUGUAGUAGGGGCUGUUCCCAGCAUUAAGGGCAGUGCCAAACCAAAAAGCUUUGUUGUCCCAACUCCCAGAAGUCAGUCCACAGGACUACAGCAAUCAGAGUGUCCUUCACCUGAUGCACCAAUGAGCAUGAAGCCAAAAAGGUUAAUGUCUCUUGGCAGUGUUGAAAGUCUAAUCCAGAAGACGGGUGUCCUACCUCCAGACGUACUCCAAAGCCCUAGUAUCGUAGGGUCACCUGUGCAGUCCAAGGCAAGACGUGUUUCUGCUUUGCCAACCCCGGUUAAACGGCGGGUCUCUGGGAUCCCACUUCUGACUCCAAAAAGCGUGACUCGGCCUAGCAAAUCUAGUUACUCCGCUGAAAUGGAGAGUCUACCUAUGUCUGCCAAGAUGAUCAACCAUGGGAGUCCUGUGCUGAAAGUGAACGAGCAGCUAAAUACCCAAAAGCUGGAGCCUGUUUCCACGGAAGAGCUCUCUGACCCAUCUGAGCUCCAGCCCUUCUCCAUGGAGGGGGAAGUCAGGGAGAAAACAGGGAUUUUGCUGAACUCCACAUCAGAAGGGUGCACUCCUCCAUCACCUGUUACUUGCCCAUCUGAACACUUGGAAAGCACCAAACAUGCCCCACAGAACCAGGAACCUGCCAGUCCAGUGGGGUGGCAGCAACUGUCAGAUUCUAAUGAGGUGUCAAAGACUCAAGAAAAUGAGGUUUUACUGGUAGAUGCUCCACCUCCUGUAUUAAGAUCUGAAGAAAGGCUUCUCAUUGAUCUGUCCAACACUCCUGACUUCAUAAAAACUUCCCCAGUGAAGCCAUCUGGUGAGCAGCUAAUUGAUCUGAGUUCUCCGCUCAUUACCUGGAGUCCAGUGGACAAGGAGAACACCAUAGACGGUACACCUCUCAUCAACCUGUCAUUUUAAUUUGUCUGACUUUUUGUAAUUAAAGGAAAAAAUAGUACUGUGGUAAUCCUAAUGUUAAUGACAUCUUUAAUUUUGUAUCCAUGGUUUGCAAAAUGUAUAGUCUUUAAAAGAAGUCUGAUUAUAAAUUGUCUAUUCAUAAUGAAAAGGAUUUUUCUGUGAUAACAGUAUGUACCUUUUCUUCCAUUUUAUUGUUCCUUCUGUACUUUUCUUCCCUCUUUAAUUGUACCAAUAAACAUUUCAAAAUUUUUAGC